AUGUCAGUAAAACAACCAGAAUGGUUCAAACCAGCACUUAACACCAGACCUGUAUUGAAAGUAUACAACUCCUUAACUCGUGAAAAGGAUGAAUUCAUCUCCAACAAUGCCAACCAAAUUACUUGGUAUUGUUGUGGACCAACUGUUUAUGAUUAUAGUCAUAUGGGUCAUGCAAGAAAUUAUGUUUCAACUGAUAUAAAUAGAAGGAUCUUACAAGAUUAUUUUGGUUACAAUGUCAAGUUCGUACAAAAUGUCACUGAUAUCGAUGAUAAGAUCAUUAUUGCAGCAAGACAAGAAUAUCUUUUUGAACAUAAAAUCACCGAAGUUUUCAAAACUUUGAAUGAAGAUUUGAUUUCUGAAAGUAAGAAAGCUUUUGAAUUCUAUAUUGGUAAGAAUUUAAAGGAAUUUGAUCAAGAGAUUUCCAAAUUCAAACAAUGGAAUGAAGGUUUAAACAUUCCUGAAAUUGCAACUGAAAAACCUAAAUUCCCAAUGUAUAUUAAAGCUGCCAAUAAAGCAUUUGAUGUUAUUUAUAGUGAUACCAAACCUUCAUUGGAACAAUUCUUAUCUAAUGUCAAAGAAAUCACAAUGCCAUAUUUAGAUUCCCAAUUUUCAUCAUCAGUCAAUGAUCCUUCAAUUUUCAAGAAGUUACCAAGUUUUUGGGAAAAUAAGUUCAAUGAAGAUAUGGCAAAAUUAAAUGUGUUACCACCAACAGUUACAACUAGAGUUUCAGAAUACAUUCCUGAUAUUAUAGAAUUUGUUGAAAAGAUUGUUUCUAAUGGAUAUGCUUACGCUACAUCAGAUGGAUCAGUUUAUUUCGAUACUGUUGCUUUCGAUAAUGCCAAAGACCAUGUCUAUGCUAAGUUACAACCAUGGAAUAAAGGAGAUUUAUCAUUAAUUAAUGAUGGUGAAGGUUCUUUAACUACCGGUCAAACGUCUAAGAAAAAUCCUGCCGAUUUUGCUUUAUGGAAAGCUUCAAAACCUGGUGAACCUUCAUGGCCUUCAACUUGGGGUGAAGGUAGACCAGGAUGGCACAUUGAAUGUUCAGUAAUGGCAUCAGAUAUUUUAGGUGAAAAUAUCGAUAUUCAUUCUGGAGGUAUUGAUUUAUGUUUCCCUCAUCAUGAUAAUGAAAUUGCUCAAAGUGAAGCAUGUUUCAAUAAUAAUCAAUGGAUCAAUUAUUUCAUGCAUAGUGGUCAUUUGCAUAUCCAAGGACAAAAAAUGAGUAAAUCAUUGAAAAAUUUCAUUACCAUUGAAGAAGCUUUAAAAGAUUAUUCAAGUAGACAAUUAAGAUUAGUAUUUGCUUUAAGUUCAUGGGAAAAACCUUUGGAUUUCAAAGACAGUUUAUUAAAAGAAGUCAAAUCGGUGGAAUCAACUUUAUCAAGAUUCUUUACUAAUGUCAGAGCUUUGAAUAAUGAUUAUAAACAUGAAAUUUCUGAAAGUAGAUAUCCAAAUAAAAAAUUAUCACCAGUAGAUAAACAAUUAGGUGAUGAUUUAAUUAACGCUCAAAAUCAAGUUCAUUUAGCUUUCUGUGAUAAUUUAUCAACUCCUCAAGUAUUGAAAACUAUUCAAGAUUUAGUUUCUAAAUCCAAUAAUUACAUUCAACAAUGUUCCACUGGUUCAAAUGAAAUGAAAAUUGAAGUUUUAUUAUCAGUUACCAAUUGGAUAGUCAAAAUUUUAAAUAUUUUAGGGUUCGAAACCAGAGGUGAUAAAUUAGGAUGGUCAGAUGAAUCAUCAGAAUCUCAAAUUGUUGGUAAAGAAGAUUUGUUAAUGCCAUAUAUCAAAGCUUUAUCAACAUUUAGAGAUUCUAUCCGUAACUUGGGUAUUGAAAAACAAGAUAUUUCUAAAGUUUUACCUGAAACUGAUAAAUUAAGAUCAGAAUUAAUUGACUUAGGAAUCUCUUUGGAUGAUAGACCUAAUGGAUCAGCUUUAAUCAAAUUCUUAAAUGCUCAAGAAUUAGCUGAUUUGAAACAACAACAAGCAUUAAAAGAACAACAAUUAGCAGAAAAGGAAGCUAAAAAGAAACAAUUAGCAGCUGCUAAUGCUAAAAAGGAAGAAGAAAAAUUGGCCAAAAUGAAAGUUAAUCCUAAAGAUUUAUUCCAAGAUAAAUCAUUAUAUUCAGAAUGGGAUGAUCAAGGGUUACCAACCAAAGAUAUUAAAGGAGAAGAAAUCACCAAAAGUAUGAGAAAAAAACUCAUGAAGCAAUAUCAACAACAAGAAAAACUCUAUCAACAAUACUUGGAAUUGAAUAAAUAG